ACCACUGAAGAAGAGGGAAAGAGAAGAGUCUUCUUCGCUGGGUUUUCGGUCUCGUCCUCGCAGAUCGUUUUAGGCGCCAUCGUCGUCCUUUGUGAGUCCAGUGAGUUUGAGAGGAACUGUUCUGAAACCCUGCAGGAGUUUCGUCGAGGUCUUCGGAUACUUCUUGUUUUAAUCCGUGUUAUUGUUUCAAACGGGACGGGAAAGAAUAAUCUUGUGUAUUUUGUGCACAGCGUCCCUGCAGUCCCGAAGUCACAGCACAAUGAUCACCAGAAGAAGAGGUCGCUCCGUGACCACCUCUGAGGUGCAGUCUCUGGAGGUUGAGGUGGUAGAUACUGUGGAAACUGAUGAAGAUCUCCCAAGUCCGACCGAGAGUUUCCUGGCCGACGAUAUCGACACCACUGGAAUAGAGCUGGAGGACCUGUUUGGAAUAGAAGACUUGAAAUGGACACUUGAGAAAGAUGUUGCUUCUCCACUCUUCGAUAUUGAAUUGGCUGAUUUUGGGGUGUACAGUGCCAAGGAUCAAGACUCCGGGAUUGAAGCUUCGACAGGCUCCUCUCCGGACAGAACGCAAUCUGACGCGAAGAUCAAGAACAGACAAAACCAAUCGAGGAACGUGAUCAACAAAAAUGCCAUUGCUGCCAGAAUGAAUCGCCUGAGGAAGAAAGAAUACGUCGACAGCUUAGAGAAGAAAGUCGGGAUCAUGUCAACGGAAAAUGCCGGGCUGAAACAGGAGAACAGUCAGCUGACCAAGAGGGUGGAGGAGUUGGAAGAUGAGACCAGGUACCUGAGGGCUGUGCUGGCCAAUGAGAGCAUGUUAGCCCAACUCUUGUCCAGGCUGAGUGGUGUGAACGGGAUGAAAUUAUCUUCCUCGCUUUUCCAGGGGCACGACUCCAACGACCACGACUACGCGUUACCCAGGAAGCGUGUGAAAGUGGAGGAGAAAGAGACAUCAGGUGGCGUGUGUCUGCACGUGGACAAGAACCACGUGUCGGUGGAGUUCUGCACCAAGUGUGCAGAGAGUGCAAGCACGUCGCUCAAAAUGUAGGGUCAAGUACUUGUCUCUGUUUUCAGAUAUUCAGACUGAACUGUACAGGCUGGAUGAACACUUGAUUAACCUGAGAACUGCAGAAUGUGCAUGUGUUGUUGUGAUAAUGUUUGAGUACACGUUACUGCUAAACCUUGUUGACAGUUUCUUCUAGGUAUUGGUUGAUCGACCAUGCGGGCUGAGCUGCUCUCUGAACACCUUUACCUGCCUGGCUCCAUGUGGAUUCUGCUGGUGGAAGGGGAAGAGGCUGGACAGCAGCUGCCAACACGGCCUGGUAUUUUUUUAAAGGUAGUAUCGGUAACAAAUGGUAUUCAUUAAUUAUCUUCCAUCAAUACUCCACAACACCUGUAGCUGUACAUCUACAGCUCUACUCUUAAGAGGAUUUAUACUUCUGAUUAUGAACUGUUUCUAUCAACAUGCUGGCCUGAUACAUUAAAAACAAUCUGCUUGAAAUGAUGACAGCCAGUUUUUGAGUGUAACAACAUGUAAAUGUGUAAAUAACUUUGAUUUCUCUGGUGGUAAAUGACCUCUGAGAAAUGUUGAACAAAUAAAUCUUAUUUUCAUUAUUAAGCACUUAUCUGAAAUAUCUGUUCUCUGACUUGAUGUGUACCUUUGAUAUUAAUGCUUCUCUUUUUCUCUCUCUGAACAGCAAGCUCUCUGCCGAUAAACGUCUUACUUUUCCUCAACUUUUGGGUCAAGUCUGGUAAAGGUUUUCAAAAACAGAAAGCCAGAGGAAGCACGGAGCAUGAGGGGGUUUAUUAUCCAGCCCAGGUUUUAGUCUACGUACUUCAUGUGACCCCCCAGGUCUUUCUUCUAAGCCUUACUUUCUAACAUUAGAACCAUAGAGGGUCGAGCUGUUCCAUGCUAAGUCCUGAUAUCACAUGUUCAGAUACCUGCAGAGGAGCAGGACUGACGGCAGCAGACCGGUGAUGAAAACACACGUUCAGUCUCACUUCUCCACCCUGUACUCCCACAUUCUUCACACUAUUAGCUGCUAAAAAAGUGUGAUGCUUUUAUUGUGAAGAUUUUACAGGAAAUACGAUGUCUUUGUAAUUUAGUCAAACUUCAGCUGAAAGUUAUCUAAAUCUCUUUAUUUCCAUAAUGACAUCACACACAAUGUAAUCCUUUAAAUCCUGAUAAUGGCCAUUUAUAUGUAAUCCUAAACCAGAUACAGGUCUAGAUUAAAGAUGGGAAGUCCGGCUCUUUCUAGUGAUCCGGAUCGUUCGGCUCAGCUCCGUAAAAAAGAGCUCCAUCGACUCAGAAUUUCAUUUGACAUAAUUUUGGCUUCACUCAACCAGCCACAUGUAGGCAUGAUCAGACCUGUUUUAGAUAAGUGUGCCCGUGUUUUACUGAAAGCAUUCCUAAUUCCCAGAAGAACUAUUGUCCAUGACGUUUGGUAUGAAACUUUAAUGUGAGAACACCGAGCACCAGGUGCGUCUGGCUGAGCGGCGAGGAGCUCUCAAACAGGAGCUGGCUCGCUUGUGACCGACACGUCGCUAGUCUACUUUAGCAUUUGUAAACGUUUUGUCACCGACGUAACAAAGAGUCCAGUCUACACCUGAGGUGACCUUUUGUUAUGAUUUGGUGAUUUAUACCAGUAAAUAAAAAAGAUGAAUUAAUAUCUCAA